AUGUCGACCUUUCCACAAAUGCGAGAUGCAACAGGCCGUUGUAUCGACCUCCUUAACCGCGAACAAGACCCACCUCGAUCCGCGAAACCCACUCCCAUGGCUUCUUUUUCCCCCUUCGACCGCCGAGCCCGGCAAACCUCUUCUAUCCCAGCCACUCCUGAGUUGUUCCGGGCCGACUCAUACGACUCCCAGGAGGGACCCGGGCCAAUUUCGCCCAUCACUCCUCUAGACGAGCCGGGGUACUCAUACACCUCACCCUUUGGGCUCGGGACCCGGACUCUCCCCGAGUACGCCGUCGAGCGCCGCUUCUCGUACGAUGUUCUAGAUCGGCGGCCAUCGUACGAGGCUAAGGUUUGCACCGGUCCUGCCCCCAUCAGCCGCCAGGGGAAUGAGGAGCCGGAGAAGCGCUUCCCCUGCCGCUUCCGUGAAGAGCUCGGGUGUAUGAAGGACUUCACCACCUCUGGCCACGCCUCACGCCACGCCAGAAUUCACACCAAGCAGAAGAGUGUCCACUGCACAUAUGACGGUUGCGACAAGAAAUUCACGCGCGCCGACAAUAUGAAGCAGCACCUGGAGACACAUUUCAAAAAGCAAAAGCGCGCAACCGCGCCACGGUCUCCCCCCGGCAGCGCGAGACGAAACUCCGCUGCGAGUCGCCGGCUGCCCUCGCCGCGAUCGCUUUCCUCCGCCGCGAGGCGGUCGGCCCCGUCGCGAGAAGACCUGGCGGACCAGCCGGCGAGGAUGGCGAUCGAGGCCCAGGCAUACGCAGAGGUCAACCGGCUACCGCUGUACCCUGCGCCGCAAGUGCCCGAACGGCCCUAUUACGGGCAGAUUCUGGCGGCGACUCCAUCGCCGACCAUGCCAUCCGCGGCGAUCACGGGUCUCGAUACUCUUGCCUCGGUCGCGUUGCAACAGGAGGAGCCAUAG